GAGCGCAAAUCGGCAUUAUACAUCAGGAGCAAGACAGAAUUUCAAAGCGCAAGACUAACUGUACAGUGACAAAAACGCUUUCCUUUUUUUUAAAUUAAUUUUUAAAAUCAUCAUUUCGUCUUCAAGUCUCGUGCACCAGCGUUGUGCGCUGCGUUACAUAGCCGAGUGAACCACUGAGCCUUUCUUUUUAACGCUUGGAAAUGCUCUGAAAGAGACUCUUAAAAACUGAAUUAGAGUGACGAGGUAUGAGAGGGAAUCAGUUGUCACCGGCGUCGGAUGCAGCAUCCUGUCCAAGGAUGAUGUCCCUGUCCUCAGACUUUCGCUCAGACGCGCUCGGACCAGCUUCGACCACUAGUGACGUGCGUGGAACCACGACUCUUUCAGCUCCCUCUCAUGGACAACUGUCGACCACAGAUUGCUCAACUCCUGUCAGUUGCGCACAGAGCAGCGUUUACCCAUUAGCUCGAGACCGACCUGUGCUUGCCCCACCUGUGUUCAUCUUUCAGAAAGUCCCGACGCCAGUAAAGAGAAGAGCAGAGAGUGAAGAUGGGAGUGUCGUGGGAACUGGAGUGAGCAAGCGCAUUCGAUCCCUCACGUACCCAAGUCUAUGCAACCGGGCCAGAAUAGGGCCGAGUGACAACGGGAGACGAGCUCGUUCGGCUUCCCUCUCCUUCCCCCCGCCUCUGCCAGUUUCAAGAUCAAAUGUGUUUAUGCCCUCAAACAUGUGCAACCUCAACAAAGUUUCCCCAGGCCCAGUGCUUCCGCGAGUCAAGGUGAGGAGGACCUUGUUGAGACCAGCUCUUCUUGUAGCCCCUCAGCCCUGGAAGAGCCAAGUCCUGCCCCAUCUUACAGAGGUUAGCCUUGAAGCAGCUGAAGACUUAUCUCGAGUUACUAUUGAUCCACCUUCUUCCACCUGUGCCUUAAACCAGAGGGCAUGGCCUCAGGAGAACAGAAAUUUCUCUGCGACUGACACAUCUGCUUCUGAGGGCGUCCAGUUUGUGUUUGGAGAAAAUAUGAGUGAACGAGUUCUGAGCCCAACAAAAACACCAUAUAGUGAAGAGAUGACAGAUUCUGACUGUAGUUCUUCGGACUCAGAAUCCUCCAGUUCAGACCUGACUCAUAAAUUGGCUGUGAGGCGCACACUUUGGGAGUCUGCUGCAGCCUACACUGCCUCCUGUGGGCGGCGCUGUCUACUCAAACAGGUCCAGGUCUUCACAGGAGAGGAAAAAGAGAGCAAUGUUGUUCAGCUGACGUGCAAGCUGUUUGUUUUGGAGAAGGGAACCCAGUCGUGGAGCGAGCGAGGGAGAGGUGUUUUACGGCUAAACGACUUGGCAAUAGGAACCAAAGGCACCUUGCAGUCAAGGAUAGUGAUGAGACAUCAGGGAAGUUUAAAAGUGAUUCUGAACACGAAGCUCUGGCCUCACACGCAACUUCGACGGCCGGCCCGCAGAAACCUGCAGGUAACGGCCACAGACCUGGAGAGCCACGCGGUCCGAGUGUUCCUCAUUCAGGCCAGUGCUAAGGACAUCGCUCGCCUAUACGUAGCCAUCCACCAUCGGCUAGUGGCCCUGCGGUGCAGUGCUGCGGGGUUAGGGGGCGACAGCGCAGGUCUUCGGGACAGGGAGGGACACUGCAGCAGUGAAGAUGAGGAAGAGGAAGAAGACAGGAGGCAACCAGUGAAAGAAGAAAAAGUCUUAAAAACACAUAUGAGAAUGGUGGACUGCAGUCGGAAGCACAGUUAUCCCAAAGUUGGCCCUCGAUGACCCGCGUGCAUCUCUGUCUGACUGAUGUGGUUCGCGUGUUGUCGCUGCGUGUCACUCCAGCGCCUUGGAAAGCCUUUGUUCUGUGUUAACAGUAUCGAAACUGAGCAGUCGGCUCCUGGACAAUCGGACCCAGCGCAACCAGCCAAGCUUUUCGUUCUUGAACCACAGCAAACUCCUUUGCCAAAGGAAGUUUGUACUCGGUACCACGAUAUUGGCAGAACUUUCUUAAAAUGUCUGUUUUGGGAAGAUAAACAAGGGAUGCUGGUGACAGGUUAUUUGAAUGUAAUUUCUUCUGAUACUUUAUAUUGCUUCAUAAGAGCCGCAAUGUGUCCUAUGCAUUGGCUCAGGUGAGGAAAUAAAUGUUAGGGAUGGACUUUUGUACUACAGAAAUUAUUGUUAUUAUUUUGUUACCUAAAUGCUCAAUCUUACACAACUGUGAAAUGAAGUAGCUCAACCAUUUUUACUUCACGUUUUUUUCUAAGCUGCGUAUAUUAAUAGAAUUCAUUUUUUCGGUACGUUGCUUGAGUUACCUUAAGAUAUGCUUAAUAUUUCACAAGCUUUGGCUCUCGACAUACUGCAAAAAGUAUUUUCCUCUUUUAAGCAUAUUUUCAUUUGGGGAAAAAUAAAACUGUGAUAAACUUACAAGCAUAAGAUUAACAUCACUGAAUGCUUUUCCAACAGCCUACCUCUCUCUCUUUUCAGUUUCCAUGCUCGUGCACUGAAAUCUGUAUUUUUUUACUCUACUGAAAACACAUGGAUAUCUUUAACUUCAAAAUGUUUACAUCAUAAACAAUCACUGACCUUUCUGUGAAUUCUGUUAUCUUGUCUGGGUUGGCAGCAUAAACUACAGAUAUAACUAGCAUCUAGU